UUGCUUGCACAUUAUCAGUUAUAAUUAUCUCGCCGAAAGAGAUUUGAAACCGAUCGCAUUCAUGUUACCUCUUCAAUAUUGAAGUCGGUUAAAUGUUUUGUCUAUUGACAGAAACGGCUAUUCAACUUCAUUCAAAAUGAUACCCUCGAAAAUAAAUUCUAUAGUCGCACUCUUACUUUCCGUGUAUUACAUCUGUUCGGUGAGUUCGAUCGAACUGACAUUUGAACUCCAGGACAAGGCGAAGGAUUGUUACUAUGAAAAUAUUGAGAAAAAUACGUCGACCACGUUGGAAUAUCAAGUAGUUACUGGUGGUCAAUAUGAUGUUGAUGUUAUUAUUGAGUCUCCAACCAAAGAGAUUUUGUAUAGACAAGUUAAAUCACAAUUUGACAGCCACACAUUUCUAGCACCAGUAAGUGGUCCAUAUGCAAUAUGUUUUAGUAACGAGUUUUCGACAUUUUCACACAAGCUUGUGUAUAUGGAUUUACAAGUUGGCGAAGAAGUUCCUCUUCCUGGCAUCGGAGAGCAAGUGACUGUUAUGACUCAGAUGGAAGCGACAUCGCAAGAUAUUCAUACAUAUUUAAACCAAAUUAUUGAUUACCAAACUCAUCAUAGAUUGAAAGAAGCACAGAGUCGUAAACGUGCUGAAGAUCUCAAUCAUCAUGUGGCUUUAUGGUCAGCUACUGAAACUGUUGCUAUAUUACUCGUUGCCAUUGGGCAAGUAUUUAUGUUAAAAAGAUUUUUUUCAGAAAAAACACCAACACAAAUGCAAUGCAAGUCAAUGUAUUAAAACUAUUAGGUUGAGAGUUAAUGUGUAUAAUAAUUACCAAUUUAAAAUGAUAUUGUCUGAUUUCUCUAUGUGUUCUAUUAAACUGUAUUUACAAGAGAUUAACAAUUGAAAUAUAAAAUGUUUGUUUUAACUUA